AUGGCCACGAAACAGGCGCCGACGCGACAAGCCAUUACGCUGAAAGGCUCAACAGUCAUAGUUACUGACUUCUUCAAGUUUGCUGUCAAUACGAUAUUGUACCAGCGAGGGGUGUAUCCAGCAGAUGACUUUCAUCUUGUAAAGAAAUAUGGCCAGGUGGUCAUGUUGACCCAGGAUCUGGCUCUGGAAAAUUACUUGGACAAUGCUAACAUCAAACAAAUGAUAGAGUGGCUACUUACGGGGAGUGUUACUCAGCUGGUCCUCGCAAUCAUAUCGAAAGACAGUAGAACAACGCUUGAACGAUGGGUGUUUGAUGUGCAUCUGCAAAAUCCACCUACAUCUACUGAUGACCCAGCACCGUACGUUUCGUUGCUAUGGAUCAGUAAUAGAUUGCCGCUUAACAUGUUAGCGUUUGAAUGUGACUGUUUCUGCAGGGCAAGUACAAAGCCGGAAUCGCAAAUUCAGGCCGAAAUACGCGACAUCUUGAAACAGAUCGUUUCGACAGUGACGUUUCUACCAACGAUGGAUGAACCGACGGUGUUCAACAUCUUAGCCUACACAUCAGAGUCGGCUGAUGUUCCCGCGGGCGAGUGGGUGGACACGGACCCGUUGGCGAUUGAGGCCAGCAAAAGCCAACAGGUGAGGCUGCGGAGCUUCAGCACUGACGUCCACCGGGUGGAGGCGAUGGUGGCGUAUCGCUACGAGGGGUAG